AGAGCGCGAAUGCAACUACACGGUUUAAUCCGAUAAGAUACUUCUCACAGAUGGCUGGCCAGGGAACAGAGAGACCGUGGCAGGUACGAGCAACAUUUCUGGCUCGCAACACCAACAAUUUAAUCAGGAACGUCAUUGAAAACCUGAAAGUUCAACCCAAUCCGGAAAAGAAACUUAUCCCGCUUUCUCUCGGUGACCCUACAGUUUUCGGGAAUAUCACCCCGCCUGAAGAACUGUUGCAAGCCGUUCGGGAUAGCAUAGAUAAUAACAAAAGCCGUACAUAUGGGCCCACUAAUGGUCAGCUUGAGGCCCGUCAAGCUGUCGCAGACUACAGCAUCCACCAGGGACGCGUGACGGCUGAUGACGUCAUACUCACCAGCGGAUGCGCGCACGCACUGGAGCUCGCCAUCACAGUGCUGGCUGAAGAUGGACAAAAUAUCCUCGUGCCGAGACCAGGGUACAUGAUCUACAUGACGCUAGCUGAGGGUCUGGGAAUACAAAUCAAGUACUACGACUUGUUGCCAGAACAAAAGUGGAAAGUAGACUUGGGGAGCUUACAGAAACAAAUUGAUGACAAAACUGCAGCCAUUGUAGUAAUUAACCCUUCAAAUCCUUGUGGAUCAGUUUACUCCGAGGAACACCUACUCGAAAUACUGGACAUCGCAUCUAAGAACCGUGUGCCCAUUAUUGCCGAUGAAAUUUAUGAGCAUUUUGUGUUCUCAGGGCAUAAGUACACGGCUAUGUCUGCCCUUUCCAAGGAUGUUCCUAUUCUUACUUGUAGCGGACUCACAAAGAGGUUCUUAGUACCAGGCUGGCGAAUGGGGUGGCUGAUUGUACACGAUCGGAACAACAUUUUUGGGAAAGAAAUUCGCCAAGGUUUGAGGAAUUUAUGCGGUAGACUACUUGGGCCUACAACGUUGAUACAGCAUGCCUUGCCUAGUAUAUUGACGUCCAUGCCGCAGCAUUUCUUCGAUGGAGUAAUGUUCUUCAUAGAGAGCCAAGCGAAGUUAGCCUGCGAAGCCUUACAGCGGGCACCUGGCUUACGCCCGAUAAUGCCCCAAGGUUCAAUGUACAUGAUGAUAGAGAUCAAAGUGUCUAUGUUUUCCGAAUUUCAGAACGAUCUCCAGUUUAUUGAACGCUUAUACUCCGAGCAGUCCGUGCUCUGUAUACCUGGACAGUGUUUUUACUAUCCGAACUUCAUGCGCAUUGUACUGACGGUCCCUGAGGAAAUUCUGCGUGAGGCGUGUCAAAGGAUCAUCGCAUUUUGCAAGGACCACGCAACACCGAAAGAAAAACACAUGGAAAUGAUUACGAACAAGUUAUCGGUUGAUAAAGAAUGGAGGGUUAUUUAUUAAGUGUAAUAUGCCAUUA